UUAGAAAUUCCCAGUCAACUAGAAACCCAGUGGAAGAAAUGAACCGAGCGAGUACUGGCGGGUAAGGGUGAAGAACAUUUAGAAUUGAGGCUAAAUCUCGCGGCAAUCUUCUCUUCUUUAGCUUCUUCAUAGUUGCAUCCAAAUUGCUGUGGUGAAGCACGGCCACGGCUAUCAUGGUGAAAGCUGUGGUGGCAGAAGAAUCUCGGCUCACAAUCGUCGAGGAUCGCCUCGCUCAGUCCGCAAUUCCAUCGGAGAUCGGCCUUGUGAUUGGAAGGAUUAGCUCUUCAUUAGAUAGAGGUUUCGUGUUCGAUUUGAUCCCAACUCCUCCCAACGAUGCCGGAGAGGCGGCUUGUUCACUCGUCGGCGCCAUUAAAGACGAUAAGAAGAAGGGAUCGAAAGGCAAAUCUCCGGCUGUCGAUUCCUCGUCUUUGGUUAUCGACAAGGAUUGGGUUGCUGAACACGCUCGCCAGGUCCGGCGAAUGCUACCGGGAGGUGUGAAGGUGAUUGGCGUUUAUGUAUGGGCUAGUGAAACGGCGGUUAAGAAUUCAACCCUAAUGCUUUGCCAGGCUGUAAAGGCUGUAGCAGAAGCAGCGCCACUUACAGUCAUUGACUCAGAGGAAAGACUCCUGGUUCAUAUCUGUUAUAGUCCAAGGAGGUGGACAUGUAGAAAUUUCUUUUUGACAUCAAAUCUCACAUCAAACAGCCUGCGUCCUUCUGAUUUUAAAAUGGGAAGGGUCUUAACAUCACUUCAGACAUAUAAGUGUAUAUACAACUUCGAUAUGAGGUUACCUGUUUCGAGGGCAUCAAAUGUCCAAAGAUUAAUAAAUGUAAUUCGUAAUGGAAUUUCGAUUCAAGCUGAUGUUCUAAAAGAUGCAAAGGCCAUGAUUGAUGGCAAUCUGGUGGUUAGUGCCCCUUCUACUUUAGGAGACUUGCAUGAAAUUGAAUUACUCCUACCAUUCCUGAAAGAUACGUCUCUUGAAGCGUGCAGACAAAAAGAGGUUGAUGGUAUCGUUGUCAUUAGAGGCUCGGUUUGUUCAUUUGCUUAUUUGAAUUCAAAAGAACCCGUUUCCGAAGCUGUAACGGAAAUUAAGGGAGAUAUCAUCACAAGUUUACAGAGUAGACUGGACAUAAUAUGCGAUGAGGUUGACGCAGAUAAGGAAGCACACGACGUUCAUGAGGAUGCAAAUGAAGUGGCAUCAGAACAUGUUUCUCAGCUCUUCCUUCACUCGUUGAGGAAACAGUGCAACCUCUCAUUUCCCCGAAGAGUGUUUGUUCCUUGGUUGGCAGACAUUUACAUCUGCGACUAUUUGCAACCAUCUGAGACCACUGCGGUUUUAAAAGAACACUGCACCGAAUUAAUGUCCAUGGAAGCACCAAUGGACAUGACGACAGUUCUUGAACCAGAAAAGGAGGCUCUUUCCCUCUCAGCAGAAUCAUUUUGGGAUGUGGCUGUACCCUUCCAAUGCGCGGAGACUUCAUUAGAGAAGAAAAACAGAAACGAUGGCACGAUAACUGGCAGUACAGCAACUUCAAGCAGCAAGUCCAGUGAUUUCGCUCUUUAUAGAUGGAUGGCAGUCAUUUCCAAAACCCUUCAGAAGCUUAAAUAAGAACACGCUGUGGGUGGCAAUUGCAAUCUCUUUCUCCUUCCGUGUCCACAGCCUGGCCAAGGUAGAAAACCAUUAAGUAUAAAAAAUCAAGAGAUGCGAACGCCAACACCCAAAGGACCCGUAUAACUUCUGUAUACCAAUGCAAAGUUCUACGUUUUCAAGAGUCGAGGGCUUCUUUGCAAGAAGCUUUAUAAUUGGGAGUGACAUAACUUAUUUGCCUUUGUUUUACCUUUUC